AUGUCAGGAUACAGUUCAGGGACUAUGGAGAGGAAUAUGGUAAACAGACGUUUUUCUUGGUUAUUGUUCCUCAGACAGAGAGGACGCUUCGCUGGGUUUUCCUUGUAUGUGUCCAACACAACUGACAGAAAUGACGGGUUUCUAUGUUAUAACAACGGACCGGAGUUACCUCCCUUGGAUUUCAACACAAACUGUUUAACAUAUGGACAAUAUGUUAUCUUUUACAAUGAAAGAGUAAAUGGAACAACCUAUCCUCUAGGUUAUGAAAUAAAUUCGGUUUUUACAGAGCUGUGCGAAGUAACUGUGACAGGUUGUUCCUCUUCUGGUGUUUACGGAAAGAACUGUGAAGCCUGUCCAUACAACUGUCAGGGACAUAGAUGUGACAUCAUCAAUGGAACUUGUUUUAUUUGUACACCUGGGUGGUUAGGACCACACUGUGACAAAGCGUGUCCUGCCGGGUAUUAUGGUCUAAAGUGUGAGUCAAAGUGUGUUGGACAUUGUAAAGACAGCAAGACUUGUAAUCACACCAAUGGUUUGUGUAACAACGGAUGUGAUGAUGGUUGGACUGGACUAAACUGUACAAAAGAAUGUCCAUCAAAAACCUAUGGACCAGACUGUGUGCAUAAUUGUAGUGGACAGUGUUUACGUGACGUUGCAUGUAACAUAACAACCGGAAAGUGUGAUACUGGCUGCGAUUUUGGGUACACUGGAGAAUUUUGUGAAACAGAAUGUCCUUUUGGAACCUAUGGACCAGACUGUGUGCAUAACUGUAGUGGGAAUUGUUUAGGUGCCGUUGCAUGUAAUAGAACGACCGGAACGUGUGACACUGGUUGCGAUUUUGGGUACACUGGAGAAUUGUGUGAAACAGGUUGUUCUGACGGUGUAUAUGGAGUGAAUUGUAGUAACAAAUGCAGUAAGGGUUGUACAGACGAAAACUGUGACAUGAACUGUAUCAAUGGGUGUAGAUCUUCAAAUGAAGGAUUAAAAUGUGAUGAAAACAGUUAAGUAAAGUAAAUGAUUUUGUGCAUUAAAAAAUGGAUACAAAAAACCUUUGUUCAUGAAUUGUUGAUUCUGCAAAAAUAAACUUCAUUCUUCUUAUUAUAUAGCACUUGUAUCGAAAGUUUUU